AAUCCGCGGUCAAACUGGAUGCGAGAGAUGCGUGUUUUUUUAAUAACAAACGAAAGUUGUUUUGUAUUUACAAAAUUCGGUUGCAAUAAACGGCGAUUCUUCGAUGGAUUUGCAACCUGAGGUGCCUGAGGCACCGCUUCGGCCAUUCAAAUUGGCACAUCAGGUUGUGAGCUUCACAGGCAUCAGUUUUGAGAGGCGCAACCUAAUGGGCAUGGUGGAGCUGACCAUAGUGCCAAACAGCGAUAGCCUACGCCUCAUCCGACUGAAUGCCAAGCAAAUGCGGAUUUACAGUGUCGUCCUCAACGAUGUGUGUCAGGCGACGUUCCAAUACUUUGAUCCCUUUAUGAGAAUUUGCGCAAACGAUCCGAAAACACGAUCGCUAGAGCAGUACCGCGUAGAACAUUUAAACGCUGCCCAGCUCACCGAUCCGGAUGUGAACAAUGGCGAGCUGUUGAUUGAAGUGCCGCCGGAUGGCUUCUCACUGAUACAAGAGGGACGCGGCCUGCGCAUCAGCAUUGAGUUCUCGUUGGAGAACCCAAAGAGCGGCGUGCACUUUGUCAUUCCACGGGCGGACAAGGACGAGGAGAAGUUGCUCAACUGCUCACACAUGUUCACCAAUUGCUAUGAGAACUCCACUCGGUUGUGGUUUCCGUGCGUGGACAGUUUCGCCGAUCCGUGCACUUGGAAGCUGGAGUUCACGGUGGACAAGAAUCUGACGGCUGUCUCGUGCGGAGAGCUGGUAGAGGUCAUAAUGACGCCAGAUUUGAGGAGGAAAACAUUUCAUUAUACGGUGACAACGCCCGUGUGUGCUCCCAACAUUGCCUUGGCUGUGGGCCCCUUCGAGAUCUAUGUCGAUCCCCACAUGCACGAGGUGACGCACUUUUGCCUGCCGGGAAUGCUGCCCCUGCUGAAGAACACGGUGCGCUACUUGCACGAGGCGUUCGAGUUCUUCGAGGAGACCCUCUCCACGCGCUAUCCCUUCUCCUGCUACAAACAGGUGUUUGUAGACGAGCUGGACACGGACAUCAGUGCCUAUGCGACGCUGAGCAUUGUCUCGGUCAAUCUCCUACACUCCAUAGCCAUCAUUGACCAGACGUACAUAACCCGCACAUUCAUGUCCCGCGCAGUGGCCGAGCAGUUCUUCGGCUGCUUCAUCACCUCCCACCACUGGUCGGACACCUGGCUGGCGAAGGGCAUAGCCGAGUACCUCUGUGGCCUGUAUUCGCGCAAAUGCUUUGGCAACAACGAGUACCGCGAGUGGGUGCAAACGGAGCUGGCCCGCGUGGUGAAGUAUGAGGAGAAGUACGGCGGCAUCAUUCUCGACUGCAGCCAGCCGCCCGCCCCAUUGCCCGUGUCGAGCACAAAUCCCGCGGCAGCUGCCAGCAAGCAGCAGGAGAUUGUCCACUACUUUCCCAUCAAGAGUCUGCACACGGUGUCGCCCAAGUAUGUGGAGGCCAUGCGACGCAAGGCUCAUCUGGUCAUUCGGAUGCUGGAGCAUCGCAUUGGCCAGCAGCUGCUCAUACAGGUGUUCAACAAGCAGCUGGCCCUGGCCACAAAUGCAGCCUCGACCAAAAUCGGGGCGGGCCUCUGGUCCCAGCUGCUCAUCUCCACCAAUAUCUUCAUCAAAGCCAUCUUCACAGUCACUGGCAAGGACAUGUCCGUCUUUAUGGAUCAGUCGGUGCGCACUGGCGGGCAUGCCAAGUUCUCGCUGUCCUCGGUGUUCAAUCGCAAGCGAAACACCAUCGAGCUGGAGAUUCGUCAGGACUUUGUCAAUCAUCGCGGCGUUCGGAAGUACAAUGGUCCGUUGCUGGUGCAGUUGCAGGAGCUGGAUGGAACCUUCAAGCACACGCUGCAGAUCGAGAACACUCUGGUCAAGGCUGACAUUACCUGCCACUCGAAGAGCAGGCGAAACAAGAAAAAGAAGAUUCCUCUCUCUACGGGCGAAGAGGUGGACAUGGAUCUCUCUGCCAUGGACGACUCGCCUGUGCUUUGGAUACGCCUUGAUCCGGAAAUGAUUCUGCUGCGGGACCUGAUCAUCGAACAGCCCGACUUUCAAUGGCAGUACCAGCUGCGGCACGAGCGCGAUGUCACCGCCCAGUUCCAGGCCAUCCAGGCGCUCCAGAAGUACCCGACAAACGCCACGCGACUUGCCCUCACCGACACCAUUGAGAGCGAUCGAUGCUUCUACAAGGUGCGGGUCCAGGCAGCGCACAGCCUGACCAAAGUGGCCAACCAGAUGGUGGCAUCGUGGAGCGGUCCCCCCGCCAUGCUGAACAUAUUCAGGAAGUUCUUUGGCUCCUUCAGUGCCCCGCACAUUAUAAAGCUGAACAAUUUCUCCAAUUUUCAGUUGUACUUUCUCCAAAAGGCAAUUCCAGUGGCUAUGGCAGGCCUGCGCACCUCUCAUGGCAUUUGUCCGCCAGAAGUGAUGCGCUUCCUAUUCGAUCUCUUCAAGUACAAUGAGAACUCGCGCAAUCAUUACACGGAUGCCUACUACAGAGCUGCUCUGGUGGAGGCGUUGGGAGAGACGCUGACGCCCGUGGUCUCAGUGUCAAUGCACGGCACACAGAUCACCCCCGACAGCCUGUCCACGGAUGCCAAGCUGGUGCUGGAUGAGAUGACUCGCCUGCUGAACCUGGAGAAGAGCCUGCCGUCGUACAAGUAUGUCGUGUCGGUCUCCUGUUUGAAGGUCAUCCGAAAGCUGCAAAAGUUUGGCCAUCUGCCGUCGCUGCCGAACUUCUACCACAGAUAUGCGGCCUACGGUGUCUUUCUGGAUCUGCGAAUCGCCGCCAUGGAGUGCCUGGUGGACUUUGUAAAAGUCGAUGGACGCAGCGAGGAUCUGGACCAUUUGAUCAACCUGCUAGAGACGGAUCCCGAUCCGGCUGCCCGUCAUGCCUUGGCCCAGCUGCUCAUCGAUAAUCCACCCUUUUCGCGUGAGAUCAAAAAAAGCGCCUUGGACAAUCCCAGUCUGGUCGAACGGCUGUGGGAGAGGAUAACCACCAAGGAUUAUGGCAGCACCAAGCUGCGCUGUGACACCGUCGAUCUGUACUAUGCGCUGUACGGCAGCAAGCGUCCGAACUGCCUCCAGGCUAGCGAGAAUCAGAGCUUCUACAAGGAUCUCCUCAAGGACGGUGCAAGCAGCGGACCGAGCUUCAAGAAGCUCAGCGACCCCAAGCAAUCCCAAUCGCUGGCGGAGAACGUGAAAACCGAAUCGCAUGAGCGGCAUAAGCCUGCCAUGGUCACCAUCAAACGAACGGCCACUGAAGCGUUUGCGGUAGGCGAUGAGAUCAUCAAGCUGGAGGUGGAGCACAGCGAGGUGGUCACAGUGGUGAACGAUCCAUCCCAUACGCAGGCCUACGAUAGUGAGACCAAAGUGAAAGUCCUGCCAGCGGAUGAGGGUUCGGUCGACGGGCCGGUGAGCAAGCGCAUCAAGACGGAGAUCUACGCGGAAGACGACAACUCGAUGACGGUGCUCGAUAUGGCCGAGUCGACGCGAUACGAGAGCAGCUACGACGAGGGCAAGUUCAGGCCGAGCGAUGGCCUCGUCAAGAAGAAAAAGAAGAAGGACAAAAAGAAGCACAAGCAUAAACACAAACAUAAGCACAACAAGGACAAGGAGCGGGAGCGCAAGGACAAGGACAAGCGAGAUCCGCAAAUCUCCCGCCUGCAGGCCAAGGAAACGGCCACGCCGGACACGCUCAGCUCGGCGGACAGCAGCAACAGUAACAGCAAUUCGGGAUUCGGCCCAAACUAAGUGAGGGACCCGCACCCAACAAUUACAACUUAAGCACAACCAUUCUCGAUCAUUUUUGGAGUUAUAAUAUCUGAAUAAUAUGUAUGUAUGUAAAGUCA